AUGAGCUACUGCAAGAGCUGUCUGCAUUAUUUGCUUGAUUAUGAAACACCCAAAACACUGGUUAUUCCUAACUUUGGGUUAGGAUGUGUCUUCAGGUUCACCCAGCUUCUGGUGCUGCUGUAUGUGGUGGGGUAUGUGUGUGUGGUGCAGAAGGCCUACCAGGAGACAGACUCUGUCCUCAGUAGUGUCACCACCAAAGUGAAAGGCUUUGCCUAUACCAACACCUCUGACAUGGACCCCCGAUUUUGGGACGUGGCUGAUUAUGUUAUCCCACCAAAGGGUGAUAAUUCAUUCUUUGUGUUAACAAAUUUGGUUGUUACACCAGAUCAGACUCAGUCCAGAUGUCCUGAGCUUCCAAACCCAUCAACUGUUUGUCAGGAUGACUGUGACUGUGUCGAGGGAUACAGUAAUCCUCGAGGAAAUGGUAUACAAACAGGGUUGUGCGAGAACUAUUCCACAACUGUCCAGACCUGUGAAGUGAUCUCAUGGUGUCCUCUUGAAAUAGACAGCAAGCUGCCUGAACAAGCCCUGCUGGCUGCAGCAGAGAACUUCACUGUGUUGAUCAAAAACAGCAUAACAUACCCGAAGUUCAAAGUUAACAGAAGAAACAUACUUCCACAUAUUAACUCCUCAUACCUGAAGACGUGUGAAUUUAAUCGUACAACAGACCCUCACUGUCCUAUAUUCCGCCUCAAACACAUGGUUUCAGAGGCUGGAGAGGAAUUUCAAGAAAUGUCUGCAAAAGGCGGUAUCCUGGGUAUUAUUAUAGACUGGAGCUGUGACUUGGACUGGUGGGCGAGGAAGAAGUGUUACCCCGAGUACAGCUUCCGCAGGCUGGACAGCAGAGAUUCGAUCAAUAAUGUGGCUCCUGGAUACAACUUUAGGUUUGCAAAGUACUUCAAGACCCCAGGUGGAGAAGAAACUAGAACCUUAAUCAAAGCAUACGGGAUCCGGUUUGACAUCAUCGUAUUUGGAACUGCCGGAAAGUUUGGAAUUGUACCAACCAUAGUGAACUUGGGAGCAGCUCUAUCAUUUCUCAGUUUGGUUCCUAUGGUCUCUGACUGGUUUAUGUUGACAUGCAUGAGAAAAAAAGAACUUUACAGCAGACACAAAGUCUCAUAUCUGAAUGAGGACACUGAAACUGAAGCUGUGUCAAUGAGCACCAGCUAUGGAACCCAGUAGCACGGUCACAUCAACGUGGAAGCACUUUUUUUUUUUGCAGUGGAAUCCGAAGCGGCUCUAAUUAAUAAUUAACAUGCAAACAGAUAUCUUUGAUGUCAC